GUGUCAUCUUCCAUUUCACACCAGGAGUUCUUGCUUCAACAGUGAUUGAACGGAACUUCUUCCUUCGUCCUUUUUUUUGGUGCUAUUUCAGCUCGUCUACAUUCCGGAUACAACAAAACCCGUCUCUACUUGAACACUACUGAGAAAGUCGACGCAAAGCUCUAUUUUUGUACCUUUUUGUUAAGAAAAAGCACAAGAAAACGCCAGCCAAAAUGGACUCCCAAGUGCGUCAGAAUUACCACCGCGACUGCGAGGCCGCCAUCAACCGUAUGGUAAACAUGGAGCUGUUUGCCUCCUACACCUACACUUCUAUGGCCUUCUACUUCUCCAGAGACGAUGUGGCCCUUCCAGGCUUCUCCCACUUCUUCAAGGAGAACAGCGACGAGGAGAAGGGGCACGCUGAGAAGCUGCUGUCUUUCCAAAACAAUAGAGGAGGGCGCAUCUUCCUUCAGGAUGUGAAGAAACCAGAACGUGAUGAAUGGGGGAGUGGACUGGAGGCCAUGCAGUGUGCCUUGCAGCUGGAGAAGAACGUCAACCAGGCUCUGCUGGACCUGCACAAACUGGCCUCUGACCAUGUCGACCCUCAUCUGUGCGACUUCCUGGAGAGCCACUACCUGAACGAGCAGGUGGAGGCCAUCAAGCAGCUGGGCGACUACAUUACCAAUCUCAGUCGCAUGGAUGCCCAGAACAACAAGAUGGCCGAGUACCUGUUCGACAAGCACACCCUGGGCAACAAGAGCUAAACAUACAGGCCAAGAGUUUGAAGCCUGGAGUCAAAACCUUAUUGAGACACAGGCUUUAACGUGAAUACACAUACCUUCUCCAGCUGUUCAUUCACUGAUCUAAUCUGCUUUAACAUAUAAAGUUGCAUGAUAAGUGCCUGAAUGUUCUGGUGGUGUCGCUGUUCUUUUUAAAUGGUCAUAUGAAAAGAUGGAUGCCUUCUUCUUGUAUCACAUUUUCAAUGAAGAUUGUGACUAAAUGUUUCUGACUUGUUCUUAAUCUGAAUAAACCUUUUUGCGCUGGA